AUGUACAGAUUCCGCAUAUUUUGCAUUCCAAGUGACCAACCCACUGACAUUUUAUCAGAUGUGACGAGAGAGAGCGAUUCGCCCCAAUGGCAUGAGCUGGCCUACACCGAGGAAAUUGAAGGCGCAUAUGCAUUCAUGAUGCCGCCACCACCUGAGGCCUCCGGGCCAAGCGACACUUUUCAUGAUUCCGCCGACCAUUUUCCAGGCGAUGUUCCUAUUUCUUCCUCUGGAAGCUUUCCAACCAACCCAAUUCAUACAAAUCAGGCUUAUUCUGGAACAGAUUGCGCCAGCUCAAGUACUGAGCAACACAAUUACCAUCCCUGGAUGGCUGAUAUUCUUCCACGGUCUUUGCCCACGAGUCAACUAGGCCAGAAUUAUGAAUCCAAUCACGAUUACAUGGCACCCGGGACAACCUUGACAGAUGGAAUCGUUGAUUUUACACACCCAGUCUCAACACCAGUAGCAACAAAUCCGCUACUAAGUGCCAGCGGACUGCCACGACGCAGGAGCCAGUACAAGAUACAGCAGAUUGGUCAGAAGGCAAAUGCUAUUUUCAUACCUCCAGGCAAUAGCCCCGCAGAUCCGUUGGAACGCUGGAAAAUGUCCCCUCCUGAAGACGAAGCCGCAAGCUUGUUAGACAUCAAAAGUUCCCUGAAGACCUCGUUGCCAGGGGACAUGGCAGACCAAAGACCGGAUACACCUGGCCGGAGAGCCACCGAUGCGUUUCGGCAGCACCGACAUUCGGCAUCCCGAGCACCUUCCACAACGAGUGGUGAAAGCGCUACCACUGCCUCAUCUCGCCGCUCUAACUACUCCAUUCGGUCGGCCUUGUCUAGUAACAGUCAGACCGCUGGGAAUCAGAAAUCUUCAGCAAUUGAGAAAAGGCGGACUUGCGGAAAAAGAGAGAAACGAAGCUCGGCUAAUAACCCGCGGAUAUUCUGCUGCACUUUUUGCUGUGAUAAAUUUAAGAGCAAAUAUGACUGGAUGCGUCACGAAAAGUCCCUCCAUUUGAACCUGGAGAGUUGGACUUGCGCCCCUUUUGGUGGUGUUGUGAUAUUGCCAUCUACCGGUCGCGCCCAUUGUGCCUAUUGCAACCAGCUUGACCCAACACCCGAACACCUUGAGAGACACAACCAUGAACUCUGCCAAUACCAACAUAAACCCACAUUUCGAAGGAAAGAUCAUCUGAUCCAGCAUAUACGGCUUUUUCAUAAACUUGAUACGAUCCCACUUAUUGACGAAUGGAAGCGUAACAUUGCGGAUUUUCCGUCCCGAUGUGGUUUUUGUAACGACAGAAUGUCGAGUUGGAACGAGCGAGCCGACCAUCUCACAUCCCACUUUCGAAAAGGCUAUACGAUGGCCCACUGGAAAGGUGAUCACGAGUUCCCACCUGAGAUUUCUGCACAAAUUACACAUAGUGUGCCGCCCUAUUUACUCGAUUUCGAAUCGCGAACUUUCGUGCCAUUUUCUGCUACGAAUAGAGCAGUCAAUGACCAUCUCUCUCAGAUGCUCUCACGGGCCAGGUUUGACCAUGAAGCAGACGAAGCUCACAUAUCACCUGAUAUAUUUGAGGUAGAGGAUUCUCCAGUGCAUGAGGCUCCGGCAUUCCAGGAGCCCAUACUAGACUCCUAUACUGAAGUUCUCACUCGUCAUCUAAGCCACUACGCACAACAAAUGAUGAGCAGCGGCAUUAUACCUACAGAUGAAAUGUUUCAAUCAGAGGCCAGGCGUCUAUUAUUUGAUUCUGAGGAUCAAUGGAACCAAACUAUGGCAGACAAUCAUGAAUGGCUAACUCAAUUCCGAGGGGAACAAACUUAG